GAGAAAGUCCGACAGGAAGAGUUCUUGCAAACCGAAUUGAAGGCAUUCGAAGACCUCCGAGGAACCACACCCCUGAUCGAACACCGUAUUAAACUCAAACCAGGCACCGAACCCCUCAAGCAGCGUUACCGUCCCCAAAAUCCGAAGAUGCAAGAGAUAAUAAACCAGGAAGUUGACCGAAUGUUGGCCGAAGGCAUCAUUGAACCGUCCUCAUCUCCGUGGAGCUCACCGAUAGUAAUUGUCCAGAAAAAGGAUGGAUGCACCGUUAUAGUUUGGGAAGACCGCUACAGUUUCAAUCCACGACGCCGCCCUCACCGUCACCGCCUCCGCCCCCACCGUCACCGUCAACAGCCCUACCGUUACCGUCUCCACCGUCCAGGGAAUCGUCGCCAGGCAUGAGCUUGUGGACGGAUUUUGAGUGCCCCAGGCCAUUAACCACCGAUGCCGGUACGAAUACCGUGAGGCCAGCCACCAGAACCGUUAGCACCAAUGGGAUCCAGGUAUUCCUGGAGCUGAGAACACGAAGUUGCUGGAAGUGUGGUGGUGAAGGCCACACCAGGGAGAGAUGCCAGGGAAGUAGGGUCAAAUUCUGCUCCGGAUGCGGCCUUAUGGGGGUAUUGUCCCGCGACUGCUGCGUCAGGGCACCCAACCGAGUGCUAGAAACACCCCUGAGGCCUGGCCGUGCCUCCGGAGUCUCCAGUGCUACCCCAGUUUCGUCGUCCACUGCCGAGGGCAUUGCACCGACCGCCACACCGUCUGAGACCGACCAAGCAGCCCACCGUUCAUCCACCGACCACCGUUUAUCCACCGACCACCGUUCCUGCCCACCGUUGAGAAACCGGAAAGAAGCCUGGCUGCCGGACCUGCGGCUCAGACCGGCCGCCCCAGCAGCGCCCACACCGUCUCUGAGCCUUAGGAAGAAGGUUAAGGUCGACUGAUCAACACCGUAUAAUGUAUUUUUUUUUCUUUUCUUCCUUCCAUUAA